AUGAGUCGAACUCCCAUCGCCGUAUGCGUUCGUGGGUGGCCAAACGGUGUUGCGUUGAAGCGCUUAGGUAAACAGCUCGCGCUCGAAUGCGCCGUGAUGUUGGCCGGUGAUGCAAUCGCGCCCAUUUCGGGCGAACCGCGUGAUGUAUGCGAACCGAGGUGGUUUUACGCUUAUCUCUUACCAAGCAAGGUGGUGUGCGGCGCGUGCGGCGGCAAGUGCAGCGGCGAGGUGCUGCGCGUCACCGACAAGUACUUCCACACCGCCUGCUUCACGUGCCGCACCUGCUCCGCCUCAUUGGCGCGCGGCGGCUUCUUCUGCAAGGACGGACACUACUACUGCCCGCAGGACUACCAGCGCGCGUUCGGCACGCGAUGCGCGGCCUGCAACCAGUACGUGGAGGGCGAGGUGGUCUCCGCCCUUGGCAACACCUACCACCAGAAGUGCUUCACCUGCGCGCGAUGCAAGCGCGCCUUCCCCUCGGGCGAGAAGGUGACGUACACUGGGUCGGAGGUGAUAUGCGGCGAGUGCGCGGCGCCGCAGCGGCACACCGCGCGCGCGGCCCGCUCCCCGGACGCCGCCUCGCCCGCGCCCCCCGCCGCCCCCGCGAGCCCCCCCACGCCCGGCUCCCCCUCCUCCCCCGCCUCCGCCUCCUCGCCCGCCUCCCCGGACAGGGACGACGUCGACCGGCGGCAACCAGACCCCAACGAUUGCGCGGGCUGCGGACAAGAGCUCUCUGAGGGCCAGGCUUUAGUAGCGUUAGAUAGGCAGUGGCACACGUGGUGCUUCGCGUGCGGCGAGUGCGGCGGCGUGCUGCGCGGCGAGUACAUGGGCCGCGGCGGGGUGCCGUACUGCGAGCGCGACUACCAGCGGCUGUACGGCGUGCGCUGCGCCUACUGCCGCCGCUACAUCUCCGGCAAGGUGCUGCAGGCGGGCGACAACCACCACUUCCACCCCACGUGCGCGCGCUGCACCAAGUGCGGCGACCCCUUCGGCGACGGCGAGGAGAUGUUCCUGCAGGGCGCCGCCAUCUGGCACCCGCGCUGCGGCCCCGCGCCCCACGACCCGCUCGCCGUCGAGCGCGCCUGCUCCGAGCUGCAGUUCUCGCUGCGAUCGCGAACGCCCAGCGUCAACGGCUCCUACUGCAGCCCCUACAGUAGCUUGACCCGCAAGUACGGGUACCGCGGCAUGUCGCCGGGGCUGGUGCUGCGCGGCGAGCGGGGCGAGAGGUCGGGCGGCUCCUCGCCGCACCGCAUCACCACCUACUCGUACCUGGCCAGCGAGCCGGCCACGCUGCGCCGCUGCGUGCAGCCCUACGACCGACCGCCCACCUCGCCACACUUCCACCGCCCGCCAUCUUCGGCCAGCACGCGCGCCAGCUCGCGGCCGGGCAGCAAGGCGUCCUCGCGGCCCGGCAUGCGCGCGCUCGUCGACUCCAUGCGCAGCGAGACGCCGCGCCCCAAGUCGCCCCGCAUGAACAACGAGGAGCCGAUCGAGCUAUCGCACUACCCGUCGGCGUACAAGCCUCCGCCCGGAACGAAACCGAAGAUAGAACGAGACGACUUCCCCGCCCCGCCCUACCCGUACACGGAUCCGGAGCGGCGCCGGCGCUGGUCGGACACGUACAAGGGCGUGGCGGACAGCGACGAGGAGGAGGCGAGGCCCAACGGCAAGCUGAACGGCGUCGACGACAAGCUGCGCCGCGAGGAGAACGAGCUGGCCAAGAUCGAGACUGGAAUAGCGCAGGUGUUCUUGAAGGAGGUUAAGGAGCGCGAGAAACUGCAGCAGUGGAAGAAGCAGAAUCUGGACCCCAGGAACGCGAGCAGGACGCCGUCGGCCGCGCGCGAGGCGGCGCCGCGGCUGCGCUACUCGUCGCCGGUGGGCGCCUCGCCCUCGCGCCACCUCGACCACCGCGACCACCGCGACCACCGCGACUCGCGCGCCUCCGCCGACCCGCACCUGCCCUCCUACAACGUGGUGUCGUCGCUGCGCUCUGCGCCGCGUCCCGGCUACGGGCUGGCCGCCAGGUCACACACAUUCUCCUCCAGUACGGCGGGUGACUUCACGUUCAGCGGGAUGGGCGAUAAGACGCACAGCACCGACUUCAGCAGCGGCAAGUCAGACAUGCGGACGGACCUCUGCAUAUCUGCCGGCUCCAUCACAGAUGUUGAUAGAAGUGCUGUGAGCACCGAGGGCGGCGUGGUGGUGCGCGGCGGCAGCGCCGUGGGCGGCGUGGUGGGCAGCGUGGGCGGCGUGGGCGUGGGGGUGGGCGUGGGCGUGGGCGGCGUGGGCCCGCGCGGCGGCGGCGUGCGGCGCUCGCUGCCCAACAUGGCCACCUCGCACCUGAUGCACGAGCCCGCCAAGCUGUACCCCUACCACCUGCUGCUCAUCACCAACUACCGGCUGCCGCCUGACGUGGACCGCCUCAACCUGGAGCGCCACCUGUCGGACGCGGAGUUCGAGGCCAUCCUGCAGGUGGCGCGCGCCGACUUCUACCGGCUGCCGCAGUGGCGCCGCAACGAGCUCAAGAGGCGCGCGCGCCUCUUC